AUGGCUCUGCGCCCGGUUUGUCUGCACCCGCCAGAAAGGGACAGGCAGGGCGAGCCCGUUGGCUUCCAGCUCGUUUCACAACAGGCGUCGACAAGACUAGCAACACAUUCCGACGCCGUGCAGCAGCCAAUUUGCUUGACAUUGAGGUACUUCGUACCUCAAGCAGCAGCAUCUACGCCUUCCAAUUUCGGUCUGACGCAGCAAGAGACGAAGACUAGCACGAGCACAAGGUUGAAUGCGAGCAUGAGCAGUGAGCACGGGUUCGAGUUGAUGCGAAGGACCUGGGGCCCGGGGAAAGGCCAAAACGGGCGAGAUGGAAACGGUUGCCAAGAGAUCGAAGAGCGGGUAAAUUAUAGCCACGCCAUGUCUUCGGCCAGUAGCAAGUCGUCCCAAGCAUCGACAACGGUCCGCACGUCCCCAAACGAUCGUGGAGGGUGGCCAAGGGAUCAGGCCCGUGGCUAUCAGACGGGGAGCAUCGCGAUACCACCCCUGCACCAGAGAGACGAGAGGAGACGGACCUCGGCCUAG